AUGCCGGGGAGUCAACUGUGGGCUGCCAUGGUCCUGCUGCUGCUGCUGCAGGGUGCACAGUCCGUCUACAUCAAGUACAAUGGCUUCCAAGUACAACUGGAAUCGGUGAAGAAGCUGAGUGAGUUGGAGAAGGAGCAGAUGUCCAACCCCCAACUGAAAACCAGUAGCCUCCUACCCGGUGUGUGCCAUGACCCAGCCUUGCCCGUGGACCUCCAGCCUGUUUGUGCCUCCCAGGAAGCUGCCAGCAUCUUCAAGGCCUUGAGGACCAUAGCCACCGACGAAUGCGAGCUGUGUAUAAAUGUCGCCUGUACUGGCUGUGGCUGA